UAAACGAUCCCCCAACCAGCGGUUGGUUUUUUCAAUCCAAGAUUGGCAGUUCGAUGGUUUGCCCGCUAGGAUGUCAAAGGAACUUGAACUUAUCUUACAUAUAGAGGACCGAAGUUACCAUCGGGCUUAGUGUUUUCGAAGAUGAUCUCUGAGGCUUUUGUCCUCCUGCCAAAGUCACGCUACCUUGACGAUAUUGGGCUGUGUAAGCCCACCCUUUUAUUUCAUGAAACGUAUCAGCCAGAUUUCCACACAAGAACGAUGCUCCCCACCGAACUGUGUAACCUCGUCAUCGACCAUUUCCAUGACUCCAAGCCAUCCCUCUUAACAUGCUCCCUCGUCCGCCGUGCACGGGACCCCGAAAGUCGUUUUCACAUCUUCCAGAAGGUCCAACUCUGUCGCGACACAGCUGAUUCGUUCUUCCAGCUGAUCGAGAGCCCCCAUGCUAUCCUCGCUUCAGCCCAUAUACGCGAGCUUGAUGUCGCGCAGAAUUCCGUCACUGAAGGUGGAAGUCUCGCAGGCGAUCUGCUUGAUGGUCGGGCGUUCCAGGGAGUCUUGACUCGAUGUCCUGCAGAUGUCUUUGAGCACGUGCAGAAGUUGUCGGUGACCUGCGUUGGCCGGUGGACACUCAUCAAUGCGGAGAAAUUGAGUAUUGGUCAUCGAGUCAAGAGUGUGACCGAGCUCCGGUCGUGGAUGAUUGUUUUCCAGACGGAUGAAGAGUUCCAAGCUCUGAUCACUCCGAUCCAGGCGCUGAAGUCUUGUCUUUGCAGACUAUACUGUUCCGGGCCAAGGAUUCGGAGGAAGAUCACUCGGAUGCCAAGCUCACACUUCCAGCCAACUUAGAUACAAUCUCGCUCAACGACGUGUCCAACCCUCGUAUUAUACGUUCCUUGAUCCCAUUGGCUAAAGAGUUUGGAUGGCUUUUGUUAUCUUCUGGCAAGCGCCUGGAGGAACUCGGGUUCACCAUCCAGGCUGCAGCGUCCCU